AUGCUUCCCACCUUACCCCGGAUGACAUCCAAAAAGGCCUUACCUCUAUUCUACGCUAUUUGUCCGGACUACUCUACAGACCCCUCGGCGACGUUACAGAGGAGACUGAGAGUCAGGGCAGAGCAUUGGAAGAGAGCUGAGGAGGAUAAGAAGCAAGGUAUAUUGGAAUUCGGUAGAGGAACCGUUGCCCCUCCCUCACAUCCAUUACAUACCGACCCCAACCUCCCAUCAAAUCUCCAAGCGAUGAAUGGAUCUAUCAUGUUCUUCCGAUACAAGGCCCUUUCAGACGUUUGGGACAGGUUGAAAGAGGAUGUAUACUAUACGGGGGACGUGUGGGAUAAGGAUAAAAUCCAAGUUGGAGAGUUUAUACGUUUACCUGGGGAAGGUGAGGAGUGA